UGAUGUUUCGAAUGUAGUUGUGUAAUGUUUUUGUUGUCAUGCAAGAAGUACAGUGAUGGUACAGCAGCAUUUCAGUGAAGCUGUCAUCUUCUUUCAACUUUACAAAUGAGAUAUGGCAGAUAAUGAGAUAGCAACUGUGAAAAGCCGAUACAGCUGGCCGUGGGAGUGGUUGCAGUGGUGUCCUGCUUCGGCGGAUAUGCUUCGCACUAUUGAACGCAAAAUAUUGAGUUAUUUAAAGACAACAUAUCGGGGAUGGUAUGUAGAUAUAGGCCCGGUUGUAGGGUCGUCAGACAAGAUAUGGACCAUUUCACUAAACGAAGAUUCUCCACGAACGCCAAUUGUUUUACUUCAUGGCCUUGCUGCUGGAGUGGCUUUGUGGUGUCUUAAUCUGGAUGCUUUGGCGAGAACGAGACCAGUUUAUGCAAUUGAUUUAUUGGGCUUUGGCAGGAGUUCAAGACCAAAUUUUAGUUCAGAUGCAUUGGAAGCAGAGCAGCAGUUUGUUCGUUCUGUGGAGGAGUGGCGUCGUGAAAUGAAACUGGAAAAAAUGAUUUUACUUGGACACAGCAUGGGCGGGUUCCUUGCUGCAUCAUAUUCACUGACCUAUCCAAACAGAGUGAAGCAUUUGAUUCUGGCUGAUCCUUGGGGCUUUCCUGAGAAACCCCCAGAAGCCUCCUCAAGAACUCUUCCAUUGUGGGUUCGCGCUAUCGGUUAUAUGCUGCAACCGUUUAAUCCGUUGUGGCCUGUCCGUUUGGCAGGGCCUUUUGGUCAGUGGCUAAUUGAAAAGGCAAGACCAGAUAUUACGAGAAAAUUUGAAACAGCGCUCUCAGAUGACGUCAAAUUGAUCCCUCAGUACAUUUACCAAUGCAAUGCUCAAUAUCCUACUGGUGAAGCAGCCUUCCAUUCAAUGAUGUUUGGGUUUGGAUGGGCAAAGAAUCCAAUGAUAAAACGGAUACAUUUGUUGCCUCCUGAGAUUCCUAUUACAGUCAUAUAUGGUUCAAGAUCUUGGAUCCAAAACAAUACAGGAGAAGCAAUUCGAAAUGCAUGCCCUAACUCAUACGUUAGUGUACAGGUUGUUACUGGAGCGGGGCAUCAUGUUUAUGCUGAUAAAAGUGAUCUUUUCAACCGCCAUGUUGCUGAAGCUUGUGAAAUUUCAGAUCUUAAGGAAAAAACCAUUUUUGCUCUUCGUGCACAAAAUGAUAAACAAGAAAACGAGGAGGAAGAAAAUAAGAAUAAAGAGAAACUUGGAGAAAAUCCGAGUACACCUCAUAACACAACGAAUGAUCCCCUCUAACAUGGGUGCUACAUGUGAAAGGCGACAUUUUUUAAACAAAUUAUGUCAUCAUGUAUGUUGAAAGUGACAUCAAACAUGUAUUGGAGUCAUUUUAUAUUACUUAUUUAAUGUGCAAGGAAUGAAGUAAAUGUAGGUAUAUUUUCUGUGGCAGCUGGCUCUCCCAUAGAUAAAUAUUAAAGUGUGAAAUUGUUCUAUUGCCAUUAAAUGGCAGCCUUCCAAUGUAUUUUAUUUUGUACAUUAUUAGCAAGGAAUUUUGCUUACAUUGUACAAAGAACACAGGCAUGUCUGAAAGAAGGUUCAACUUGCUCUUCAGUGUGUGACUGGACUGUAUCAGGUUUAUAAAAAGUCCCAUCAUACCUCUUCUGCCUUCCUCUGUUUAUCAGAAUCCAUACUACCUCACAUUUAUCUAUUUAGUGUGUCCUACAUCUGUGUGCAUCAUUAUAGGUAAAGCUUAAUAACUUUUUUACCCAAUUUCGUAUUACUGUGGCUAUUCACGAUUUGGGGGCAAUUUUACUCUCUUCACAUGAUAAAACAUUAUUGCUGUCAAAGUAAGCUAAGUUCAUUCACCUCAGUUACAGAUUGUUAAGAUAUCUUAUUACUAAUUGGAGGAGCAAGCUGCUCUUCUUAUUUGGAUUGUGAUACUUGCCUUGUCAAAUGAAAUUUUACUAUGCUCAGUUGUUUGAUGUUUAAAGUUUCUAGUUUUUUAAUGGUAAAGAAAAGUAUUUAUUUAGAAAUGGCCACAAUUAUUCUUCUGUGAUAGGUGCUGUGAAAUUUGUAUAUUCAUUUGGUUGUUUUUGUGAGGAAUGUUGUUUAUAUAUUUUGUUGACAGAUUUAGUCCAUAAUAGUUUUAAUCUAAUAAUCUGUCAGUUAACAAAUUAAUAAAAGAACAAAAUAUAUUUAUUUAA